GUUACCAAUCUAUGACUGGACGACUUUUGAUUGGUUAACAGUUAUUGGCGGGACGCUGGUGACCUAAUUAUUGACGAGAAACCUCGGAGAAGCAGUAUUUGAAUACACACUUCCUCUCUUCGGGUCAAAGGAAAAAGAGACAAUCAUUCAACAUGGCUGAUCUGCACAUCCAGUUUAGCCUUGCUAUGGUGAUAGCAGGGAUAUUGGCGGAAGUUGUGAGUAUUCUGUGGUAUAACGACCGAUCACCAUGGGGACAUCGAACUGGCCACAGAUACCUACUUACAGCCAUCGUCUGUGACGCCCUUUUAGUUGUCCUCUUAAAAUUCGUCACCGAUCAAUUUUACCCGAUCGGCCGGUGGGAGGAUGGUGUUGUGCUGAGUCUGUUCUUCGCCUUGAUGUACGCGGCCCUGGAAGCCCCACACUGUGUACAUAACCACCGCAGUUUUUCCUGGUUUUUCUUCCAUACCGUACACAAGUUCCUGCUCUGCUUCGUGGUGGUCUUCGCUCUGUUUUACUUCCGUUAUCUAGGUUAGACUGGUGAUAUCUGACAGAAGGAACCACAUAUCAUAAUUACUAGUAGUAACCUCUUUAGGAUGUAUACAAGUUAAUUUUUGCAUGCUGUAUAUUGUAAUAUUGUUGUAUCUUUUCGUCUGUUAUGGUCUUAAACCCUCCUGUUUUAUGUACCAUUUUGAAAUCUAUAUGCUAUUGGUCUAAAAUGUGUGAUAUUAUGUGUCAUCCAGAUCUCUUUAAUUCGAUCGUUUGAAGACUCUGAAUUUUGAAAUUCUGAACAAAUUUCGCAUUGCAACGUUUUGUUUUAUUAAAUUUUUAUGAAUUGAUUUUUUGUGAAAAUUGAAAUUUACAUACCGUAUUAAUCAUCACAAAUUUACCAUAAUCAUACAAUGAGCCUAUUCUCCUGUAUGUAUCAUGCUCAUCUGAUGGAUAUUAUAUAUUCUUCUACUUAUUAAUUAUACAAUAUACCAGGUAUUCUUUAUUGUUAGCCUUAAAUAUAAGGUAAAAUACACGUAGUAAUAUUAAUCUAUAUCCUUUUUAUGAUUCAUAUUUGUUAAUUGAAUCAAUUGAAAAUAAUAAAAAAAAAAA